UAACAAAUGGGGGUUAGAACGAGACUGCAGACAUUAGUGUCAUAUUUAUUUAUGCAUUUUAAAGAUGACAGAUUCAGUAGAUAAAAAAGACAACGACAACGUAAACGAUAGAAAAGAAGAUAAGCGAACUGGAAUAUGCUUGAUAAAACCUGAAUUCAUAAUUGAGGAAAGCGUAAGAUUCGUGAAUAAUGUUGAAAUAUUAGACUGCAAAGAAAAUGGUAAAGCGCAGUAUGAAGUCACUAAUCUUACAAAUGAGAGUGAAGAGCCUCCAAAGAAAAAGAUUAAAGACAACCAUAAGAAAAUUAAACCCCGAGGUCAAAACAAAAAUAGAUCAGUUCCAUUCAAGAUAAUACGAGACAUCAAUCUUUGUCCUUGGAUAGCAGAAGCAACAGUUGAAGAAGCUGAUACAGCCAAGUGUCCAAAUGCAAAAUGCACAUUUAUACACGAUCGAAGUGAAUAUUUGAAAAUCAAGCCAGAAGACAUUGGCACAGAGUGCUACAAUUUUGAGCUUACAGGCAAGUGCCAAAGAGGUGCUGCUUGUCGUAUUGGAUCAAAGCAUGUUACAUCUGAUGGAUAUAAUAUUGUUAAUGUGGAAAAAUAUAAAGCAUACCAAAAAUUGUCACCCUUCGUGAAAAACCAUGUAUCUAAAGAAAUUUUGGAAAAUCUAAGAAAGUACAAGUAUGAUUUUGCCAAAGCUGAAAAUAUAACAAAAAAAUACAAUUGGAAAUCAAGCGAGAAAUUCGACAAGUCAACAGAAAACAAGGGUGGAUGUGAGGAUGUUAAUAAAAAAGGCGUGGAUAGAGCUGCGAUGGUAGGAGCAAUAUUGGACGAAGAGGAAAUCAAGCUAAGAGCCAGUGAAAAAAAGAUAAUUGAUUGGAAAGACAAGUUGAUGCUGGCUCCUCUGACAACGGUAGGUAACCUGCCGUUCCGACGAAUAUGCAAGGAAUACGGAGCCGACAUCACCUGCGGGGAGAUGACGCUGGCUCCGAAACUGCUGAAAGGUACGCGCGAAGAGUGGGCCUUGGUAAAGAGGCACGUGUCCGAGGACGUGUUCGGGGUGCAAGUCGCAGGUAACAAUCCCGGCGUGCUGACAAGGUGCGCGCAGCUAUUUAACGACGAGACCGUCGUGGACUUCGUCGAUCUGAACCUGGGUUGUCCUAUCGACCUGGUGUACAAGACUGGAGCAGGCUGCGGCAUGAUGAACCGACUCCCCAUGCUGGAGACAGUGGUAAAGUCGGCGACGGAGCUACUUGACGUGCCGUUCACCGUGAAGAUGAGGACCGGCGUCUACGCCGAUAGACCCAUGGCCCACAAGCUCAUGCCUAAGCUCAGAGAGUGGGGUGCGGCAAUGGUGAACAUUCACGGAAGGUCGCGCGAGCAGAGAUACACUAAGCUAGCCGAUUGGCAGUAUAUCGAGGAGUGCGCGCAGGCCGCGGAUCCGUUACCAGUCUACGGCACCGGAGAUAUCCUCUCCUACGAUGACUACGAGCGCGUGCGCGCUAAUUGCCCGCACGUGCAGGGCGUGAGCAUUGCCCGAGGUGCCCUUAUCAAACCUUGGAUAUUCCAGGAGAUCAAAGAGCGCAAAUUGCUCGACGUUUCGUCCGGCGAGCGCUUCGACAUGCUGCGCAAGUUCACCAAGUACGGCUUGGAACAUUGGGGAUCGGACACUCGCGGCGUUGAGACCACAAGGCGCUUUCUGCUGGAGUGGAUCUCCUUUUUGUAUAGGUACGUUCCCGUGGGCAUUCUCGUAAAGCCUCCUCAGAGGAUGAACAACAGGCCGCCCUACUACAGAGCCCGCGACGACUUGGAAACUCUGAUGGCCAGUCCGAACUGCACCGACUGGAUAAAGAUCUCGGAAAUGUUGCUCGGCAAAGUGCCCGAUGGCUUCCAUUUCCUGCCCAAACACAAGGCCAACUCUUGGAAAUGACACGAGGCCGAAGACGAGCAUUGGACGAUAAACGAUUGCUCGAUCGAUUACAAGUUUCUGCCAAAGUGUUCAUACAACGAUUGUAUCAAAUAAAAGUUACGGCGCGCCGCUGGGCGACGCCGAGUCACACUGC